AUGAUUGCCAAAAAUAGGAAAAAACUGGUUCCCAUUGUUGAAACCAUUAAGCUGUGUGGACGACAAGAAUUAUCAUUAAGAGGAACUUGCGAUUUCGGAUGUAUCAAAUUCAAUGAGUCUGAACCAGAUAUUAAUGAUGGUAAUUUUCGAGCUAUAUUACGUAUGCGUCAUAAAUGUGGCGAUAUAGAUUUGAAGCAACAUGAUGAAACUUUGCAGUUAAAUGCUACAUAUUAUAGUCCAACUAUACAAAAUGAAUUGAUUUCUGUUUGUGGUGAAAUAAUUCAAAAACAACUGGUGACGGCUAUUAAUAAUGCUAAGAGUUUUUCCUUGCUGGCUGAUGAAACAACGGAUAUGUCACGACAGGAACAAAUGUCCAUCUGUGUAAGAUACACCGAGCUCCACAACAAUGUUUAUAUCGUACGAGAAGAUUUUCUUACAUUUGUUACUGUUGAAAGCACAACAGGAGCUUCUUUAGCUCAAACAAUUCUGGAAAGUUUACACAAUAUGCAAAUUGACUGCAAUUAUUUAGUUGGACAAGGCUACGAUGGUGCUGCAAGCAUGAAAGGCAAUGUGAAUGGUGUACAGGCAAUAAUCCGAGAAAAAUAUCCUGAAGCUCUCUAUGUGCACUGCAGCUCUCAUUCGCUAAAUUUAGCUUUGUGUCACUCAUGCCAAAUUCAACCCAUCAGAAAUGCAAUUGGCAUUAUAAAAUCAAUAGGGCUCUUUUUCAAAUCCUCCGCCAAACGAACAAAUUGUUUAACAGAAUAUAUUAAACAAAAUAUGCCAGAAACAAAAUGGAGAACAUUAACUGCAAUGUGCGAGACCCGAUGGGUUGAAAACCAUGAUGGGCUGCUAAGGUUUAAAGAGAUUUUUAAAGCGAUUGUUGGUGCAUUAGAAGAAUUAAGUGGUAAUAGCGAUUGCGAUACUUCAUCAAAAGCAUUUUCUUUUAUAAGAUCAAUAUCAACUAGCUAG